UACAAUAUCUGGGGUGGAUUUUUAAUAAUGGUUAACGUUUUAUAUUUGGGAUUUCUAACAUCAUUGGGAUUCUAUCGAAACAUGGGAAAUUAUAUGGAACUUUUUGCUAAAAAUAUCAGCGAAGCAGAAGAACAAAAAAUGUCCAAACAUCGUUGCAUGGAAGUGUUGUGUAAAUUUUCAGAUGAAUUAGAUAAAUGCUCUGAAAUUUAUUCGGAAAUUUACAAGAUCACUAGGAGAUUCUACAAAUUAUUUCAAUUUUGUGCGUUUUUUACUAUCUGCCUUAUGACAAUGAGCCUUAUUAGAAAUGUUCAUCAUGCUCUCAUUUACUAUCUAAAAUAUGAACAAAUUAUUUGGUCUUCGUUGAUUUUCUCAGUCCUACGGUUUUUGGAUUUUAUAAUAUUUCCUUUGGUUGUUGAUUUAAUGGUGGAGGAAUCAAGAGUACCGCAAAAUUUGCAAUGGGACUGUAUGUUUCCAGGUGUAGACAAACGUUGGGAUAAAAGCGUUAAUCAAUUUCUCACCCAACUCAGAUUUGAAGAAAUAAAAUUGAAUGUUUAUGGAUUAUUUGAACUGAACAAUAAUUUGUGUUUAUUGAUUUUGUCAACGGCUAUUACCUAUUUGACUGUUUUAAUUCAACUUAGCAUGAUUGGAUCUAUUUGA